AAAAUUUCUUUUAUUAUGCAGCUCUUUGUUCAUUUAAAAUGAAGCAUUAUUUAUAAAGAACUUGACUUUGGAGUUUUAAAAUUACUGACAACUUGUUGGAUCAUUUAUAUUGUUUAUCAAGAUGAAGCGAAAGAUAUCAUUUUUUUCUGACAAAAAUCUGUCGGAAAAUAAGCAAGCUCCGUGGGUGGACACAUUCACUCCCGAAACUGUUGAAGAAUUAGCUGUUCACAAGAAAAAGAUUGGAGAAGUUGAGUUGUGGCUUCAUAGUUGUUUUCAACAGCAAGAAAGAAAUCGAGUCACUCCUAUUUUGUUGCUAACUGGACCUCCUGGAGCAGGAAAAACCUCAACAGUUAAAGUUUUGUCUAAGAAGCUAAGAGCUGAACUUCUUGUUUGGUCAAAUAAUUGGCAGGAAGAUCCUAAAUCUAACUUUGAAUUUAUUAACAGUGAUUUCAACUCUUACAACUUCAGAGAUGGAGGAAGUAAACAAAAUCAAGCUUCUGCAUUCAGUAGUUUUUUGCUUCGGUCUUCCAAGUAUUCUUUGUUUCUUGACAAUAAAAGAAUUUUGCUGUUUGAGGAAUUCCCUAAUGCAUUUUUACGAGAUGCCAGCUCAUUUCACAAUAUCAUAAAGAAGUAUGCUCUAUGUGGUAGAUGUCCAGCUGUGUUUAUUAUUAGUGACAGUGUCAAGGGCGAAAGUGCAGAAAGCAACCUUUUUCCAAAAGAGUUUCAGCUAUCUCUGAAUAUAACAAAUAUUAGCUUUAAUCCAAUUGCUCCUACAGUAAUGGUUAAAGUUUUAACUCAAGUCAAUACAAAGGUUACUUCUGCCUGCCGAAAAUUAGAUAAGGCACAAAUAGAAGCACUUGCUGCUGACAGCAUGGGUGAUAUUAGGAAUGCGAUUAAUUCCUUGCAAUUUAUGUGCAUGUCUCAAACAACCAAAUCAAAAUUAACAUCUCAAACAAAACACAAGAAAUGUGAUCAAUCUGAAGCACAAGAUCUGAAACGUGAUUCCUCUCUUUUCUUGUUUCAUGCUUUAGGAAAAAUUCUUUACUGUAAACGUGAUGCUUCUUCUAAAACUGAACGGGAUGUAUUGCCAAUGCAUAUGAAACAUCUUGAACGGGAUCCUCCAUUAUCAAAUGCUGAGGAAGUAUAUGAGAAGACAUCUAUAUCUGGGAGUGGAUUUUGUUUGUUUCUGCAAGAAAAUUAUAUCCCAUUUAUUAAAGACAUUGAAACUGCUGCAAAUUGUUCGUUGUGGAUGAGUGGAGCCGAUGUCCUUUCAGCCUAUUGGAAUGGAACUGAUGUUAUGAAUGAUUAUGCAGUUUCCUUAGCUACCAGAGGACUAAUGUUUAACAUAACAUACUCAGCAACUGGAAAUCGUUGGAGGCCAUUGCACAAACCUCAAUUUUAUGACAAUAAUUCCAAAAAAAAUCAAGCUUUGAAAACUUUAAGCGGAGCCUUCAAAGAAAAAGGUUUGACGUUACAUGAGCUGGAAACAGAUCUUAUUCCCUAUCUUUCUAAAUUGAACUUAAACAGUUUAACAACUGAACAAAGAAUGCUAGUGAAAGAAAUAGGUGAAAUGAAAGUGACAAAACAUUUGAGAACAUUUUCAAAAACCUUGCAAGAAAAAGAUGUGUUUGAGAUAGAGGUGGAAGAAAUUAAAAAUGAGAGUGCUAUCUCUGAAAAUAGUAAUUCACAAGAAGUAAACUUGCCACUGUCAGAUGAAGAAAUCAUAAUUGAAGAAUAUGAUUUUUGAAAAUCUCUGUAUAUUUUUUAAUUGAUACUUAAAUUUUUGUAAAUAACUUAUGUAAUAUCUUUGGGUAAAGACUUCUGAAAUAAAUACAU